AUGGAUGCGGUAUUAAUUUCAUUAUUAACAAUCUUACUAGGAUUUGUUUUAAUACUAAUUAUUUUUUUCAUACAAACUGGUGGGUUGAAAUCCCUCGUAUCGACCACCACAUCCAAGAAAUCAUCACUUUAUCAUCCAACUUUCCUUAUACUAGGAGCAAACAAUUCUGGGAAAACAUCUUUCUUCUACAAAUUACUACAAUUAUCUAAUGAUGAUGAGAUAGAUGACAAGGCCAACACUACUACCGUUGCUGCCACAGUAUCAUCAUUGGAACCAAAUGUUACAAAGAUAAAUUUACCAAUUUCCAAUCCAUCAAUUGGUAAACCAUUUCAAUUGAUUGAUUAUCCCGGACAUUUGAAAUUACAAAAAGUGUUUGAACGAUUAAUAAUUGAUGAAAUAACAUUAAAGAAUCUUAAGGGGGUUGUAUAUAUGAUUGAUUCUUCUAGUGUUAAUAUUAAUGAUGAUACCAAUUUGGAAAGUAUUGUUAAAUUCUUGUACAAUUUAUUUAGUAUUACGGAACGGAUACCUAAUGGAGUUGAUUUUUUGAUUGCUAUUAAUAAAACUGAUUUAUUUGAUUCUGUCCCUGUUCAUAAAAUAAAGACAAAAUUAGAAUUGGAAAUCAAUAAAUUGAUCCGUCAUGAAAUUGAAAAUGUUGAAAAAACUUCGGGCAUUGACGAUAAUGAUAACGAUAAUGGUAAUCAGAAUAGCAACGGUGGUGGUGGUAAUAGUUCCAAUGGUGAUAACAGUGAUGGCAUUAACGGUGAAAGUUUGAGAGCAUUUUGGAUGAGUGUUGUUGGGUCUGGAAAUUUCACUUUUGAUAAGUUGGAAGGUAAUGUUGAUUUUGUUGGUGGUAGCGUUUUGAAAAAUAAGAUUAGUCAAUGGGAAAAUUGGUUUGAUGAAAAAGUUGUUAAUCCAUAA